GGCCGCAAGUCAGGAGAGACCCCCCAGGCUCUUACCGCAACCCGCGGGGCAGCCCCCCGCGACAAGGCGCGGCCCAACGCGUCAGAUUUUACGACGAAACGUAGCAGGGCACGCCAUGCCACGCCUGCGCUCGCAAACGCGGGUUACGGGCAUGGGCAUCCCCCUGCCGCCGGACCUGGUGGGUCGAUGCCUCGAGUCCUUGCCAUUUGAGGACGUGCACACCGAUGUAAAACAAGUCUCCAAAGAGGUACGACUGGCGGCGCGCCGAAGCCUGACGCGCGGGCGCUGGCGACCCGUGAAGCUCUUUUGCGAGCAAGGGCUGGCGGCGCUUUCGGGCGACACACCACCGUCAUCCGACCAGACGAAGGCCAUGCUCCGAAGCGCGUGGGCAACGGAACCGAGCGUCGUCCUCCUCGAGAUCGCAAGCUGGCCUGCCAUGCGUCCCGCUGAAGGCGAGUUACAUGCGAACUACCUCGACGCCACGAUCCGCUUCCUCGACGUCGUCGAGCCGUCCUUAGAUGGCAUUGGUCGAGUCAUCGCGGCGUUCGGCCCCGAAACGGUGCGAUCCGGCCUGCGGUGUUGGAGAGGGUGGAGCAAUCCGCCGCAUAUCUUUGCCGGGAAAAUCUGGAUAGAAGGCCUUCUCUGCCAAUGGUUUUGGCGAGCUGCUCGAAAUGAUGGCGAGAGCGCACCCGAGGUGCUUUUCAAGAUCCAGCCGGACCUCGGGCUUCACGCGUGGAAAGACCCGAGAGGGAUCGCCAGCGUACUUAUCAAAUGGGGUUUGACCCUGAACGGAGUGGUUAUUACGCGAGAUAAUCCUGCUAGCAUUGAACUUCGUGACCGCAUCCGAGCGGAAUGGCAGGACAGCAGCGAGACUCAGGUCCUGUUGCAGGUCUUCGACGAGGCGCCAGUUUGGCGGGAGGACUAUUACGACUCCUUCAUCCUAGAGUUCUAAAUAAGACUUUGGCUAUAGGC